AUGCUACCUGGACAACGCACGGCCGGCCGGUCCAAGACUCCGACAGGGCGGCCGGUACUGCCUCCAAGGGAUGAGACGGCGUCCCAGCUGACACCACCGCAGACGCCAGAUGGGGAGACUACCAACUCUGACAGGCCAGCAAUGCCCCCGCGGUCGCCAUCCUCAACACCGAAGCUGCGGCGGGAAGUCUCCAUCAGGGAGGAGACGGCUUCCUCCAGCUUCGAGCGCAUAGAGCGGCGUCCGCGCAGUGCUCCAAAGAAGAAGGCCGAUCGCGACAAGAAUCCGUUUAUCGAGUACGACGUCCGCGAGAAGAGGCUCAAUCAGGAACGCAAGUGGCUACAAGAGGAUUCCCAUUUUCUCGAGCAGCGGCGAGAAGAACUUCGCCUUGGAUCCUUGUUGAACCAGCUCAAUAUCCAGAACGAUCCCGACGACCAGCUUUAUGAGAAUCGCACAUUCUAUGGGCCUCACUCCAUGGCAAUGAAGGCCACCAAGGCGAGACGAAGUCACAGGGCGCUUCCACGAUCGAACUCGGCACCAAUACCCGAGCGGCCUCCCAAGGAGGCUUCGGGUGCCCGCAGGUUUCCCAAGGAGCGCGGAGCGGCUGUCCUGAAGUCACUGGCACAGGUUUUAAAGAACUCUAGCGAGGACGUGCAGCAACGCUUCAAAGAAGAGCUGAGGAAGAGCGGCUACAUACUGCCAGAAGAGCCAGCCGAAGCUCCAAAGGACGGCCGCAGGCUGUUGGCAUUUGCGCGCCUCGGUGUAGACAUGUCCCGCGAGAGAGGCUCCAUGUCAAGGAGCUGUUCAAAGAGUUCGAUGAACUUUUGA